GAGCCGCUUAUUGUGACAUCACGAUGCCGCAUGAAUCACUGGGUUAAAUUACUAGAGGACGGAUUUCUUUUCUUAUUUCCAGGGCAAAUAUGCAGCGGUGACAUCGCCACUCCCGAGAUUUCUCACGCGCAAACUUUCUCUCUUGAGUCACACUCUUCUGUUUGGAAAUUCUGAAAAGUCUGACGUCUCUGAAGUCGGCGACCCGCGUGUGGGCGAGCGAAGCGCUUCAUGAAGCGAACGAGUGGUGCGUGUCGCCGGGCGAUGGUGUAAACAGGCCUCUGCAUCGGCAACGAGGUCGCUCGUCCUCUGGACGGUUUACCUCCAUCAUCUUCACCUCACGCGUCGCACUCGCCGUGUCUUCCGUACUGCACGCGUCAAAGUACAGGGACGGGACAAACGUUGACACUAUCCACGUUAUUACGUUAAUGAUUUAUCGUGCACUUUAUUCUCCCGUGUUCUUUUGUUCAUCCUGUGCACAUGAGAUGAAGAUCUGCGUCACCGUCAUGGGUGAAAUAACAGCUGUUGCCCGCAUAUUUAAAUCUGAAUUUACAUCUCUAAAGAUAAAUGAAGCACAACUAAGUGAAAUGUUAUGAUGCAAUCGCAAGGUGCGAGGAACAGACGAGCUCUCUGAAAUGCCGUGAAUGCAACGCCACGAGGAAGUGACUGAACACGUAUGUAACCGUACCUGUCACCUGCAGGUUUUCUCCCACGCGGGGUUGGGCCCGUGAGGUAUAAAAGCGGCGAAAGCCUGUAAGUCACCUGUCAAUGCGCCGAGGACCGACUGGCUGUGCACCUCCCCUCACACCUCCUCAUCCGCGCCGCACGCCUCAGCAGAGAUGACGACGGAAGGCAGAGAAUCCAUCUUUAAAAGAGUGGACAUCCACCUUAAAGACAACAACCUUGCACAUCGCACCAGCCUCCUCUCGGAGGACCGGCUGGUUGUGCGGCGUGGGACGCCCUUCAGGGUGACCCUGAUUCUGGGGCGACCUUCCAACGGCCAACAACUCACCCUUAAAGCAACCACAGGAAAGCAUCCGAGCGAGGAGCAGGGGACCCUCUCGCUCUUUGGCCUCGCGCAGGUCAAAGAGCGCUCUCCUUCAGCGAAGGCGGUGUGGAGGGCGGAGCUUCACAAGGACGCCUCCCCGCCGACGGGCCUCCUGGUCCUGAACGUCACCCCGCCGGCCGACGCCCCCAUCGGGGAGUUCAAGCUGUUCGGGAUACACGGGGACGAGACGAAGCUGCUGGCGGGCCUGGUGGUGCUCUACAACCCCUGGUGCUCCGAUGAUUGGGUGUAUAUGAAGGACGAGAAGGAGAUAAACGAGUACGUGAUGAAUGAAAAAGGAGUCAUCUUCAAAGGAAGUAAUAACUACAUCAUCUCUUCCAACUGGGACUAUGGGCAGUUUCAGCAGAAGAUGGUGGACAUUUGUUUGAGGAUGUUGGACGUGAACCACAAACACUACAUAGACCCGGCCGACGACGUCUCCGCACGCUGUAACCCCAUCUACGUCAGCCGCGUGGUCAGCGCCAUGAUUAACAGUCAGGACGACAACGGGGUCCUGGUGGGACGCUGGGACGGUUCUUACGCUGACGGGUUCAGACCGUCUCACUGGACCGGCAGUCACGCCAUCCUCAAGCGCUGGUUCGACAACGGCUGCUCCCGGGUGAAGUACGGCCAGUGCUGGGUGUUCGCCGGGGUGAUGUGCUCAGUGAUGCGCCUGCUGGGCAUUCCGUGCCGAGUGAUCACCAACUUCCAGUCCGCCCACGACAACAACAAGAACCUGAUCAUCGACGUCUACCACGCCGACUUCGGGGUCCGGGAGAGGCCCUCCCCCGACAGCAUCUGGAACUACCACGUGUGGGUGGAGGCGUGGAUGAGGAGACCAGACCUGGCGAAGGACGGACGCUAUGACGGCUGGCAGGUCCUGGACCCGACUCCACAAGAGAAAAGCGACGGCGUCUACUGCUGCGGCCCGAGUCCGGUGGCGGCCAUCCUGAACGGAGAUACGCACCUCAAAUACGACGUCCCGUUCGUCUUCGCCGCGGUCAACGCCGACUGCAUCGACUGGCUGGUGAAAGCUGACGGCUCGCAGGUGAACAUCUCCAGCGACACCAAGAGAGUCGGUCAGAAUAUCUCCACCAAGGCCGUCGGCUCGGGGCAGCGGGUCGACGUCACCGACAGCUACAAAUACGCAGAGGGAACAAAAAAGGAGAGGGACGUCUACCUCCACGCCACCACCAGAAACCUCUCCGGAGACGCUAAGGAGACACGGGAAGACGACAAGAAGAAGGAGGAGGUGGUUGGCGGGCCGGGGGACAAAGGUCCCCCGAAACCGACUCCCCCACCGCCGAUCCAAAUGCGCUUCGAAGAGGUGACCCCCCCGACCGACGGGAACGACGUGAUGUUAAGGCUGGUGCUGCGGACCGAGGGCGCCGCCGCCAGGCCGGUGUCCGUCAACAUCAAGGCGGACGCCAUGAGGUACAACGGCGUCCUGGCUGUGACCGUCCACAACGAGGUGAAGGAGACGACGCUGCUGCCCGGGACAGACGGGUCCAUCCCGAUCCAGAUCAAGUUCUCCGACUACCACGAGCCCAUGAUGGACUGCGACAACAUGAGGGUUUCGGCCGUGGUCGCGGACAAAGAGGUGCCGCCGAACUUGUACUUGGCGGAGAAUGACGUCGUGCUGCUGGACCCGCCCAUCACCGUCAACAUUCCCAAAACGGGCACCGUGAACCGCGAGGUGCAAGGAGAGCUGUUCUUCACCAACACGCUCAGCGAGACGCUGACGCGGUGCACGCUGACGCUGUCCGGGAGCGGCCUGAUGCUCGACGAGCGCCAACUGAGGAUUCCAGAUCUCAAGCCGAGCAGCAGACUUUGUGUGAGGUUCCCCCUCCUGCCCUACCAGACCGGGAGGAAGACUCUGUUGGUGGACUUUGACUGCUCCGCCUUCAGAGACAUCAAGGGCUGCGGCACCAUCGACGUCCGGCCCUCCAUCUUCUGAGGCGCAGAGCAAGAGAAACAAGACGUCAGAUCUAAAACGCUCAACGUGUCGUAUUCACUCUGAGGUUUGCAGAGGAAAAGUGUGUUGUUUUUGUAGACCUAAAAGAUGGACCUGCAUUAUACAGUAAUAUGUGAAUAAGGGGCAUUCAGUGGUACUGUCUGCUAUCUACCAUCAGCGAAUCCUUUAAAAGUAACUGUUGUUUGUCUAAAUUGAAGCACUAUUUGUGUUAUUUAAGCCUCCCUGUUGUUGUGUUUGGUGGACCGUCUUUGUCUUUAUUUACAUGUGUUUAUGGUUUAAUUAAAGAUGCUGCUCUAAUGCGA